AUGGCUUCCGCUGCCAGAACUGCUUCCCGGGCCUUCUUGCGCUCAACCCCGGCCACCUCCUCCUUCCGUCCUGCCGUGCGCAGCACCCGAUUUGCCAUCCCUCAGCACAUCCGCGCCUCUGCUCGCCGUGGAUAUUCCUCUGAGGCUGGCUCUGAGAAACCUAGCUCGUCCUCCUUCAGUAUCUGGGCUUUCGGUCUCGGUGCCCUCGGUGCUGGUGGUGUGUACUACUACCUGAACGGUGCCUCCCCCAAGGGCCCCUUCGUUCCCACCCAGGCCGAUUACCAGAAGGUGUACGACGCUAUCGCCAAGCGUCUGGCCGACGAGACCGAUUAUGAUGACGGCAGCUAUGGCCCCGUCCUCGUUCGUCUCGCAUGGCACGCCAGCGGUACCUACGACAAGGAAACCAACACCGGAGGCAGCAACGGUGCUACUAUGAGAUUCGCCCCUGAGUCGGACCACGGCGCCAACGCCGGCCUCAAGAUUGCCCGUGACUUCCUCGAGCCCAUCAAGGCCCAGUUCCCCUGGAUCUCGCACUCCGAUUUGUGGACUCUGGGUGGUGCUUGUGCCAUUCAAGAACUUGGUGGCCCCACCAUUCCCUGGAGACCCGGCCGUCAGGAUAAGGAGGUUGCUGCAUGCACUCCCGACGGCCGUCUGCCCGACGCCGCCCAGGGCCACCGUCACAUCCGCGACAUCUUCGGCCGCAUGGGCUUCGAUGACCGCGAGAUGGUUGCACUGAUUGGCGCUCACGCGCUGGGCCGCUGCCACACCGACCGCUCCGGUUUCGACGGCCCCUGGAACUUCAGCCCAACUGUGUUCAGCAACGAGUUCUUCCGUCUCCUGAUUGAGGAGAAGUGGACCCAGAAGAAGUGGAACGGCCCUGUUCAGUUCACUGACAAGAGUACCUCCACUCUGAUGAUGUUGCCCACUGAUAUGGCUCUCAUCAAGGAUAAGGGCUUCAAGCAGCACGUCGAGCGCUAUGGAAAGGACAGCGAAGUCUUCUUCAAGGAGUUCUCUGAUGUCUUUGUUAAGCUCCUUGAGCUCGGUGUGCCUUUCCAGGUCAAGCCCGAGGACCGAUUUGUCUUCAAGACCUCCGAGUAA